AUGUUGCCCUCCGCAACUGGCAUGGGGGCGACCUUCAACAAGGAGCUGCUUCACAAAGUCGGAAACCUCUUGGGUGAAGAAGCCAGGGCUCGAGGUGUCCAUGUCCUUCUGGCACCUACAAUCUGUCUGCAAAGAUCUCCACUGUUUGGCCGUGGCUUCGAAGCCUUCGCGGAAGACCCUUAUCUGAGCGGCAUUUUGGGAGCAGCGUAUAUCAAUGGCGUCCAGGAACGCGGAGUCGCAACGAGCGUGAAGCACUACGCUGCCCACGAUCAAUCUGACAACUCCAUUGAGGACAACGUCUGCAUGACGCAGCGUACGCUACGAGAGGUUCACAUGAUGCCUUUCCAGCUGGUCAUGCGAGACUCGGACCCUUGGACAUUUAUGACCUCCUACAACAAAAUCAACGGGAUCCAUGUCAGCGAAGACCCCUUGCUCAUGAAGCAGAUUCUGAGGGAUGAAUGGGGCUUCAAGGGCCUGGUGAUGAGUGAUUGGUUCGGCACCUACAGCACCUCGGAAGCCAUCAACGCGGGCCUUGAUCUGGAGAUGCCUGGGCCCACGCAGUGGAGAGGAAAGUGCCUCAGUCUGGCUGUCAACAGUCGUAAGGUGAUGCGUACGACGGUCGACCAGUGUGUUAGAAACGUACUGAAUCUCACCAACAAGGUCAUGGAUACGAAACCUGAAGGCUAUUUCUCUGCUUCCAAUACGCCGGAGCAGCAGGCCUUGAUUCGGAAGUUGGUUUCCGAUAGUAUUGUGCUUUUGAAGAACGAUCGAGGGGUGCUACCUAUCAAAGGCUCAGAAAAGAAGAAGAUUGCGCUCAUCGGAGAUCACGUCAAGAACCCCGCCUUGAGCGGCGGUGGGAGUGCUGAGGUCGAGCCUUAUUAUUCCGUCACGCCGUAUGACGCCAUCAUAGAGGAGGCAGGGAAAGAGAACGUUGCGUACGCUCUUGGAUGCCAUUCCUUCAGAUUCAGCCCCCUGCUGAAAAACUUGAAGCCCCUGAACGCAGAGGGCUUCGGGUGGUCAAUCGAGGUCUUCGGAGAGAACCCAGAUGAGAACCCCAACGCCGAGGUUCUGCUUUCUGCGACAGCAGAGAAAGAACUAAUCGACGUCCCCGAGAGCUUUCAUGCGACCCUGCCGAAGAAAUUCUACGCCAGGGCCCGGGCGGUGUACACACCAGAAAUCACUGGUCCCUUCCGCUUCGGCUUCAGCACAUCAGGAAAGGGCAAAGUGAGGCUCGACGGCAAGGAAGUUAUUGAUCUGUGGACGGAACAACCACCCAAAACUGGUCCCACGCCAUGCUUCAACAGGCUUUCGAUGGAGAAGUUCUGUGACACAACGCUUACUGAGGGUAAAGCCAUCAACAUCGAGGUCGUACAGGUGAACGAGGACUUGGCAGGCGGCGUCGGCACAGCUCUCACCCUUGCCGGUCGCGUGGGUGGCUUCGAAAUCAUCGACGAGGACCUUGCUAUUAAAGAGGCAGCCGACCUGGCGAAGAGCGUUGAUGUUCCGAUCGUCGUCACUGGUCUUUCAUCCGACUUUGAGUACGAGGGUGCUGAUCGUAAGCAUCUGAGGUUGCCUGGCCGUGUGGACGACUUGAUCCAGGCAGUUCUUGCAGCUAACCCCAAUGCAAUCAUCGUCACGCAAUCUGGCUGCCCUAUCGAGAUGCCGUGGGAGUCACAAGCUGCCACCCUGGUCCACGCGUGGUUCGGUGGACAAGAAACCGGUCACGGACUCGCAGACAUCCUUUUCGGCAAGACGAACCCGUCCGGUAGACUCUCGCAAACGUUCCCGAAGUCCGUCAAACACACGCCCGCCUACCUCAACUUCUCAAAGACGGACUACGACAUCGUUUACGGCGAGGGCGUCUUCAUCGGCCACCGAUACUACGAAGUCGUCGACCGCGAUCCGCUCUUUUAUUUCGGACAUGGCCUCUCGUACUCGAAGUUUGAGUACUCUAAGGUUCAGGUCCCUAGCACGUUUGAGCCGUCUGCCGGACACAAGAUGACGAUCUCUGUGGAUGUCACGAACAAGAGUCCUUACGAUGGUGAUGAGGUGGUCCAGGUCUACAUCCAUGAUCCCGAGAGCACCCUCCAGCGUCCCGUUCGGGAACUGAAGGCUUUCACGAAAGUGCAUCUGGCUGCAAACGAGACAAAGACUGUCGAACUUGUCCUUGACAAGUAUUCGCUUUCAUACUGGUCUCAAGAGCGGUCGAAGUGGCUGGCAGAGGCUGGAGAGUAUGUGGUAAUUGUUGCGUCCAGCUCCAACCCGAAGGAUGAAAUUCAACGAGCCAGUUUCCAUCUGCCAAAGACCUUCUUCUGGGAGGGUGUUUAG